UCUUUUCCAACAGAAGUUCAGCUAGGGAUUUACAAGCUUCACAAGCUUCAUACUUCUGCUUGUUGGCAGCUUCCUCUACUGAAGCCGGGUGACCAUGACUGAGAAAGACCCAGAGGUGCAUGUGGAAGAAGAUGAUGAUGAGCUUGACAGCAAACUGAACUACAAGCCCCCGCCUCAGAAGACGCUUCAGGAACUGCAGGAGCUGGACAAGGAUGAUGAAAGCCUUACAAAGUACAAGAAGUCGCUGCUGGGAGAUGCACCUGUUGUGGCAGACCCCGCAGUUCCCAAUGUGACUGUUACUCGGCUUACCCUGGUAUGUGACUCUGCUCCUGGGCCAAUCACCAUGGAUCUCACUGGGGACCUCGAAGCUCUCAAGAAGGAGACCUUUGUGCUAAAGGAAGGUGCUGAAUACUGUGUCAAGAUCCAUUUCAAAGUAAAUAGGGAAAUUGUAUCUGGCCUGAAAUAUGUGCAGCACACCUACCGGACGGGGGUGAAGGUGGACAAAGCUACAUUCAUGGUGGGCAGCUAUGGGCCACGGCCAGAGGAAUAUGAAUUCAUGACACCUCUCGAGGAGGCACCUAAGGGCAUGGUGGCUCGAGGAAACUAUCGCAACAAGUCCUUCUUCACCGAUGAUGAUAAGCACAACCAUCUCACUUGGGAAUGGAACUUGGCCAUUAAGAAGGAGUGGACAGAAUGAGUUCCUCCUUGUUUGCUUCCCUUUGCUCCCUCCUGCCUAUUGCGCUGUAUUAUUCCUGGUGUGCCAGUUCUUGGCACCUGCAUGCCACACUUAGUCCACCCAGCCCUUUCACUGUCUCAAGAGAUUCUGUUAACACAGGCCUUUGGACAGGCUCCGUCUCUCCUGCUGCUGCAAUGGAAAUAAUUGCAAGGAAUUAAAACUGAGAUGGAACAUCCUCUUUGCUUAUGGUUGCACAGGACCUGUCCUUGAAGUGCCUUGCUAGGAAGACACGCCCACCCAACCCUAGUGCUGUCAGGGCAAAUAGAUAGACACACCUCCCUCCCAAUGUAAAGGUAUUUUACUGUUAGCCUAUUUUCCUCAUAGUCAGCAUUCAGUGGACACGUUUUUAUUUCAAUUCAGCUUGUUUAAGUGCAAUUCCCAAAACUAUAUUUGGAAAUCUUGCCUUCAGAGGUAGCAGGAGAUUCAGUUCCUGGCCUGGCCUGUCACAUUUUCAGUGUCUUUGAAAAUAAAGCUAGUUUUGUUCUUUG